UAUCCUUAUGCAUGAAGAUAAUCAAUUCAGUCGUUGUGGUUGGACUCUAUUAUGGAUUUCUGAUCACAUUCUCCAUAGGGCCCUUUAUCUCUUCCUUCUCCAAGCUCAGGUUAUGGAAGAAAGAGAAGAAAGAACUAAGAAGAAGGUAUCAACAACAACUGGUUUUAUUACGGGACAGCUCAUGAUGUUGAUAUCGAUCUAUUAUGCGCCUCUGCAUCUAGCAUUUGACAGACCUCAUACAAUAACUGUCCUAGCUCUACCCUAUCUUUUGUUUCAUUUCGUCUGGAACAAUCACAAACACUUUUUUGAUUAUGGAUCUACUACCAGAAAUUCAAUGCGUAAUCUCAGCAUUCAAUGUGCAUUUCUGAAUAAUCUCAUUUUUCAAUUAUUCAACCAUUUCAUUUUACCAAGUUCAAUGUUAGCCACAUUAGUCAACAUUUCUAUGUUUCGAUGCAACAACAAGAUGUUAUUUGUAACAAGUAGUUUUGUUGGUUGGUUAAUUGGUCACAUUUUAUUCAUGAAAUGGCUUGGAUUGGUAUUAAUCUGGAUAUGGCAAAAUCAUUCUGUUAAAUCAAAUGCGACUAAACAGGAACAAGAGGGAUCCACCGAAGAAGAUCCUUCUCCUUCCCUUUUUUCGGAAGAAAAGGAGGAGCUGGACAAAAUCGGUGAAACGGAAGAAAUCCGAGGGAAUGGAAAA